CAGUCAUCCAGCCAUUUCACCAAGAGCCCUGGAUGGAAUGCCUUUCUGACCAGGGCUCCUGGGCCUAUGGAGAGCGUAUGGCCCCGCGCUUCUCACCCCUGUAAACCACCUCUUCCUAAUCACUCAGGCGCUGCCCCCCUCUCUGCAGUUGCUCACAGUAACACUCCCAGGUUACGCCAAAGGCAGACUGGAGCAAGAGACCCUGGGAGGGAGGAGUGCUUGCCCUGCAGCCCAUGGCAACUGCACAACACUGCCUUUCCCCUCCCACCCCACCAACUUGGCCAGCCAAGAGACAGCUGUGGAGUGAAGAGUGCUUGGAGGCCAAAGGCUGCAGGUGACUCAGAUGCCUGAGGGAGUUUCGGGAGCGGAGGGUCCGCAGGUCCAUGGCUGGCAGGGUUCUGGCCCCUGGACGUCAGGAGGAGGAGUCGACCAAAGAUCCAGGGAACAAACUACCACUAGUGCAGCCUGGAAGCCGCCUGCCCAGCAUCCAUGAGGCCCGACCCACAGGCGCAGGCCUAGGCCCAGCCUCCCGCCGUGGAUCCAUCCUGGGCCUCCCUGCUUCCUUCUCAAGACGCAACUCGCUGGCUGGGCCAGGCUCUGGGCCUGGAGGUCGGAGGCCAUCCCUGGGACCAGUGUCCCCUCUAGUCUCAAGGGUCAGUUUCUCAGGGUUGCCCCUGGCACCAGCCCGUCGGGUGGCGCCCUCCUACAGAAUAGAGCCUGCACCUGGGGAGCGCUGGGAGGCUAUGCGGGCCCAGCGGGCCCUGGAGGCAGCCUUGGAUGCAGGGCUGCACAACGCAUGCUACUCGGGCCCGGAGGCAGGGAGGCUGACCCAAGAGCUGUGCGAGCAGAUGCGCAUGCGCCUGCGUGAGUUCAACCUGCCUCGCUACAAGCUCGUGUGCAGCGUGGUGCUGGGGCCACGAGCUGGCCAAGAUGUGCUUGUGGUCAGCCGUGCGCUCUGGGAUGAGGCACGGGAUGGAUUGGCCUCCGCAUCCUUCACCAAUGCCUCCCUCUUUGCUGUGGCCACUGUCCACGGGCUCUAUUGCGAAUAAGAAGGCCUCCAAAUUCUGCAAAAUGAUUUAUUAUUCCAGGAGA